ACAGUGGGCAGUAUGUACAGGAGGGGAGUGUGAAGGGUAUGACAGUGGGCAGUAUGUACAGGAGGGAGUGCGAAGGGUAUGACAGUGGGCAGUAUGUACAGAACGGAGUGGAGGGAGGUAUGACAGUGGGCAGUAUGUACAGGAGCGGAGUGCGGAGGUAUGACAGUGGGCAGUAUGUACAGGAGCGGAGGGUAUGACAGUGGGCAGUAUGUACAGGAGUGGAGGGUAUGACAGUGGGCAGUAUGUACAGGAGCGGAGUGGAGGGUAUGACAGUGGGCAGUAUGUACAGGAGGGGAGUGGAAGGGUAUGACAGUGGGCAGUAUGUACAGGAGUGGAGGGUAUGACAGUGGGCAGUAUGUACAGGAGCGGAGU